ACUGAGCCACCCAGGCGUCCCAAUAAGAUCAAAAUGGCUUCCAGAGGAAAGACAGAGACAAGCAAAUUAAAGCAGAAUUUAGAAGAACAGUUGGAUAGACUAAUGCAGCAAUUACAAGAUCUGGAGGAAUGCAGAGAGGAACUUGAUACAGAUGAAUAUGAAGAAACCAAAAAGGAAACUCUGGAGCAACUAAGUGAAUUUAAUGAUUCACUGAAGAAAAUUAUGUCUGGAAAUAUGACUUUGGUAGAUGAGCUAAGUGGAAUGCAACUG